GUCAAAUUCCAUUCUGUAUCUCAUCGCUCAGUAGAGAGAGUGAGAAAGAGUAGAGGAAGAAAAUAGUAACAGAAACCCUUUAUGGCCAUGGAAGGUGACACUCUGAAUCUAUUGUAUAAUCUCGAGCAAUGGCGAGAACCGCAAACCCAAGGAGACGAAGAAGAAAUCCAAGACACCCCUUCUCCAUCUCUUGCUUCUUCUUCCUCAGAGACUUACAUGGUCGGCUUUGUUAUUGCCAACAUCGUCGGACUCCAAUACUAUACAGGUAGAAUCAGCGGCAGGGAAAUGGUGGGUCUGGUUCGAGAACCACUAAACCCUUACGACGGCAAUGCCAUUAAAGUCCUCAACACACGAAGCGUUCAAGUUGGUCACAUUGAAAGGUCCUGUGCUGCCGUUCUUUCUCCUCUAAUCGAUGUUAAUCUCAUCGCCGUUGAAGGUAUCGUUCCAAACACUCCUUCAAAGGGUGCUCGGUAUAAGCUUCCCUGUCAAAUUCAUAUAUUUGCUCGGAUUGAAGCGUUCCCAACUGUUAAAUCGGCGAUUUCGCGAGGUGGGUUGUAUUUGAUAUCCGAUUUUGAUCAUUCUUUUGGCCUCUCUGAGUCUGUCAUUGUUAAAGAGAAGAAAGCCAACAAAGAAAUUACGAAUGUGGAUGAGAUUUUCAAGUUGGUUGCAGAAGAGGACACAAAGGGUGUAAGGGAAGUAUUGGAGCCGUCCAAGGAGAUUAUCAAGUCAGAACUGUUUCUGCAUCAGAAGGAAGGGUUAGGGUGGUUGGUCCACAGGGAAAACUCACUUGACUUGCCACCAUUUUGGAAGGAGAAAGAUGGGCAAUAUGUUAAUGUGUUGACGAACUAUGAGACUGAUAAGAGGCCAGAGCCAUUGAGGGGUGGAAUCUUUGCUGAUGACAUGGGAUUAGGUAAGACCCUCACUUUACUUUCUUUAAUUGCUACUAAUAAACUUAGCAGCACUGUUCCUUCUUCACUUGACACUAGCAGUGGAAGUAAAUUGAACAAUUUAGAAGAGGAGGAGGAAGAGGACGAGAUUUGGCCAGCUUCAGCUGGCAAGAGGUCUAAGAGGGGGAAAUCUGGUAAAAAAGUUGCAGCAGGUUCGUGUAAAAAACGGAAAAUGAAUGAUAACACUUUGGUUAACAAAGGAAAGGGACAGUUGAAGGGUGCUAAGGAUGAUGGUUCAUGUGUUUUGGGUGUGAAAACGACAUUAAUAGUCUGCCCUCCAUCAGUAUUUUCAUCAUGGAUUACACAAUUAGGAGAGCACACUAGAUCUGGGAGCUUUAAGGUGUACAUGUAUUAUAGGGAACGGACAAGUGAUGUUGAAGAGCUUCAGAAGUUUGACAUUGUGUUGACAACUUAUAGUACACUGGCUGCUGAAGCCAAUUGGGCUGGUUCGCCUAUUAAGCAGAUAGAGUGGUGGCGAGUUAUAUUGGAUGAAGCACAUUUGAUUAAAAAUGUGGCAGCCCAACAGAGUGAAGCGGUGAUUAAUCUGAAGGCUAAGAGGAGAUGGGUUGUCACUGGGACACCUAUUCAAAAUGGUUCCUCUGAUUUGUUUUCUCUCAUGGCAUUCUUAAAGUUUGAGCCAUUUUCAAUCAAGAGCUAUUGGCAAAGCUUGGUGCAACGCCCUCUAGGUCAGGGAAAUGAAAGUGGGCUUUCACGUUUGCAGAUCUUAAUGGCAACCAUUUCAUUGCGAAGAACAAAGGACAAGGGUUUGAUUGAACUGCCAUCUAAAACUUUUGAGACAUGUUUUGUGGAGCUCUCCCCUGAAGAACGUGAACAGUAUGACCAGAUAGAAGCAGUCGCCAAGAAAGUGGUCGGGGAGUAUAUUCACAUUGAUAAUGUCAUGCACAACUAUUCAACUGUACUCAGUAUUAUUUUACGACUUCGUCAAAUCUGUGUUGAUGUGGCCCUGUGUCCUCCUGAUAUGAAAUCUUUGCUUUCGUCUAACAGCUUUGAAGAUGUAUCAAAUAACCCAGAAUUGUUGAAAAAGAUGGUCACUUUGCUACAAGAUGGAGAUGACUUCGACUGCCCAAUUUGCAUUUCUCCACCGAUCCAUACCAUCAUCACACGCUGUGCUCACAUCUUUUGUCGGGCAUGCAUACUUAGAACUCUCAAACACCCGAAUGCCAGCUGUCCUCUCUGCCGCCGCCCACUAACAGAGGCAGACCUCUUUUCAGCUCCACCAGAUCUUUCUGACAGCGACAACCUGGGGAGUUCUUCUGGGGGAACCCUCUCGUCGAAAGUCUCUGCCCUGUUGAAACUCUUGGUGGCAUCUAGAGCUGAAAAUCCUAAUACGAAGUCAGUGGUGUUCUCACAGUUCAGAAAGAUGUUGAUCUUACUUGAAGAGCCACUAAAAAAAGCUGGUUUUAACAUCUUGCGAUUGGAUGGAUCAAUGGCUGCAAAGAAGAGAGCACAAGUGAUCCAAGAGUUUGGAGACAGCAGUCCAGGGUCACCCACUGUACUUCUUGCAAGCCUUAAAGCUUCAGGUGCAGGAAUAAAUCUGACAGUAGCAUCAAGAGUAUACUUAAUGGAGCCAUGGUGGAACCCAGCAGUUGAAGAGCAGGCCAUGGACCGAGUGCACCGCAUUGGACAAAAGGAAGAUGUGACAAUAGUGAGGCUGAUCACGAGGAAUAGCAUUGAAGAGAAAAUAUUGGAGUUGCAGGAGAGGAAGAAGAAGUUGGCACGAGAGGCUUUUGGGAAAAAAGGUGUCAAGGAUCGAAAACAAAUAUGCGUCGAUGACCUUCGCAAGCUUAUGUCAUUGUGAGCUUUUCUAUCAUUUCGAUUUUUUGCAUGGCCUCAUGUAGGGUACCUAUACUUACAUGUACAUAUUUUGUAUAUC